UCCCGCGCCGUCUCUCUUCUUGGAUUUUUAAUGAGCAGGAAGGAAGCCCGGCAAAAUGGUUUCUCAGGGGAUUCAGAUCAUUGGCAUAUCGAUGGCCAUAAUUGGCUGGUUCAUGGUCAUCGUGGUGUGCGCCCUGCCAAUGUGGAAGGUCACCGCUUUCAUCGGGGCCAACAUCAUCACGGCGCAGACCAUCUGGCAGGGCAUGUGGAUGAACUGCGUGGUGCAGAGCACGGGCCAGAUGCAGUGCAAGGUGUACGACUCCAUGCUGGCGCUGCCCCAGGACCUGCAGGCCGCCCGCGCCAUGGUCAUCAUCUCCAUCCUGACGGGCGCCAUUGGGGUGAUGUUGUCGAUCGCCGGCGGGAAGUGCACCAACUGCAUCGAGGAGGAGCGAGCCAAGGCGAAGGCCUGCAUCCUGGCUGGCGUCUUGUUCAUCCUGUCGGGCCUGCUCUGUCUCAUUCCAGUCUCCUGGUCCGCCAACACCAUCGUCAGCAACUUCUACAACCCGCUGCUGAUCGAGGCCCAGCGUUACGAGCUGGGGGCGGCGCUGUACAUCGGCUGGGCGGCUGGCACGCUGCUGCUCCUGGGAGGGGGGCUGAUGUGUUGGAACUGCCCGCCCAAAUACGAGCGACGGCCCUACGCGCCCAAAUUCACACCCGUGAAGUCGGUCUCCACAUCAAGAGAGUACGUGUAAGAAGGGUCAGCGCUUCCUACAUGGACUCUUGCGGCCACAGGAAUUGCAACUGUGAGAAAUGAUUAUUUAAAAAAAACGUAUAUUCACCAGCAAUGUAAAUAGAGCUCGAAAUCACACGCAUGCCACGUGCUGAAUGUUGAGCUAUGAUUGCUGUUAGCGUGUGUGUCAAAGUGACCUUUCUGAUAGCGGACAUCUUGUCUUUGUUAAGCGAGUGUAGCCUACAACAUAAACAAUGACAGCAUCCCGGGGUUCACCGUCACCCCUCAACGGAUCGGAUCAUCAAUGUUGACUUCUCCUGCUACAAUGAGAGAAACUGUUUGCUGUGAAAACAGUCCGUCCAACACUCAACAGGAUACUGGCUUUUGUUCACGGCUCAGACAUUUCAAAAGGGAAGAGUCUUAAAAAACCCGAAAACAAUGUUGUAUUGUGGCUGGUUGAGUAACCAGGAUUUUUAAUGAUUAUAAUUAGUAAAUAUUCAGCCAGAUUGUGGUAAAGACUCGUCUUUAUUGUUGUUUUGAUAGUAACAACUCAACAGGAAAUAUGGCAGGAAUAUAAGCAUCUGUCUCAAUAACACACUAAUGUCACUAAUAACUAAAAACGUUAGGUAAAGAAAAGUAGCUGCAUUUUUAUCUGUUUUGAUUUUCCCACAGCCUGUGUUUGUGAAUGUUGUAAUAUUCUGUGAAUCUAAAUAAACUAUAUUAACUGGA